AUGGACAACACAGAAAUCCGAAGAGGCGACUUCGUCUACAAAGACACGCUCUUUGUCGACCUGGGCGGCCCCAACAGACGCCAUCCCCGCGCCUCCACCACCGACCUCAAGGACCUGUUACUGCCCAAGCGUGGUUCGACGCCCAAGGACCAGGUCGCCCACUGGUACGAAGCGCAGCUGCUGCACUACGGCCUGCCGCGCUCCAAGGACAAGAACACGGCCAAAGUCCGCCUGACCAACGCGCUCUCGGCCAAGGCCCUGGCCGUGCCGCCGGAGAUCGUGCAGAUGGAGGCCGCGAUGAAGAAGGACUUUGCCAGUGCGCUGAGGAAGGCCAAGAAGGACGUCCACCAGCCCGCCGCCGGGCAGAAAGAGAAGAAAGCGAUGGCCAGCAGUGGUGGGAGCUCGAAGAAAACGACGACCAUCGAGCUGGAGGUCGACGGCGUGAAGCUCAAGAUUGACCGGGACGUGCUCGACGCGGCCAAGAAGAAGAAGUCGUCGUCGUCGUCGUCGUCGGCCGCGGCCAAAUCCAAAGACGCCUCUGGUGGUGCCUCGUCAUCUAAAAAGCCCCCCAAAGGCGCCAAAACAUCCUCUGCCACCCCCAAACCUGGCUCUGCACCCCCAAAAUCUCCUGCUCAAGCGCCCGCCAAAUCAACCGCCGGCGCAGCACCACCACGAAGGCGACAGACUGCUCGACGAAGCACUCCGUUCCCUCGUAAAACCAGCGCCCGGCCCGUCGCAAACCCUCCCACACAGGUCCAUGGCCACACACCCGUCUCAUUCCGCCACGACGUCGACAUGGACGACGCCCCUCCGGCCUACGAGUCACUGGGGUUUGAUGAGGAACCGGACGACCUUCCCCACACCUCUGACGGCGGCGUCGUCCAAGUCUCCGGCACUUACUUCAUACCCAAGAAGCCGUUCUUCCCCUUUGACGUGACGCUCCAGAUCGACCACCGCCAGCAAAAGCUCUGGGGCCGCUUCAGUGUGGGAUCCAAGCUGGGGGUGCUACACGCGGACGACAUCUCUCGCAUCACGACCGGAGACGCGGUGUCAUUCGGGUGGAGGUCCGAGGAUGACAACGACGGCGACAUGAAGUUCGGGCGGGGGUGUGAUGGACACAUGGAGUUCGACCGGGAGGGUUGGGUGCAAGGCCGGUUCCGGGGACUGAUGCACGGCGAUGAUGUCGACUUUCAGGGACAUUUGGUGAAUGAAGAUGGGUUAGAUGUCGAGGAAAUGAGGCAUAUCUGGGACGACUUUCCCCGGAAGGCAUAUGGCAGACACUGA